AUGGAGCGAUUCGGUGGUGGGUUGAAGAAAGGUGGUGGCGCUGCUGUGGCGACGUUCAAGCCCGGUGUGAUCUCAGCUAAAGGCAAAUUUAAACUAUGCACAUCCAGAGAUCCCUUGCCGCUGGUGACGAAGAAACAAGCAUGUCGGGAAACGAAGCCAAAAGCAAAAUUCCUUACAGUAGCAGGUGCAGGCGCAUCUACUGAGACACAAAACAACGCUAAACGCAGCAUCAUUGCGACCAAUAGCUUCAUCCAACCGCUAACGAAAGAUGGCGCCCCACCAAGAAAGAGUUCGGGGGUCAAUUUUAUGAAGUUUCAGUCUAAGCCAAGAGAUUCUGGGGAAUCGACUGGCAAGUCUUCUAUGAAUGCGACACCAUUAGCACAAACAGGCAUGAAACCAUUUGUGGGCAAGUUGUUUGCCCAGCCUUUUUCAAAGAAGAUUAUAUGCACCACAAGAAACGCUAACAAGGAGACAUUGCUCAAGCCACACGAGAAAAAGGAAGAACUAUUUUCUUUUCGAGCGGACACGAAAUCCUCCGUCGCGAAAAAGCGGAAAGCUACGGAUUCAAUUGCCCAAAGGGACGGGAAGACUGCAUUUUCUUGUAAAAAUGAACGUGGUAAAAGCAGUUUGCUAGAAAACCCAGUAACCAACAAAGACAAGGAGAAACAGGCUGGAGUGCAAGCUGAAAACGCAGGGCGGAAGGACAGCAUUCGAAGCACUGUACCUUUUGCUAUUCGAAUGGGUGAGAGGAGCAAGAAGGUGGACGAUGGUGCUGUGCUGAAAAAGCGAGGGUUGCUAGUGGCCUCAACGAUAGCGGGCCCACCAUUGAAAAAAAGCAAACGUGUACCUCCAAGUGUGGAUACCUGUCAAAGCGAUCGAGACCACAACGUGUCUUUACCAAGUACAUGUAUGCUGAAUCCAAAGGAAACUGCUUUGGAGUUUGCCGAUGAGCCAGCCAACAGCGUGCUGCCGUGUGCUGAGGCUCCCCUGUCUCCUGGCAAGUGGUAA